GGCAGCCAGCUGAGAAGGGCUGCUUGAGUUAAGCUCUUUAGCCUCUUUUUUUUUCUCAAGCCUCACCGACACCCAGCUCCAGUAACCUUGAAACACACCACAGCCAAGGCGUAAACACAAACGAGCGUGCCUGUCUCUAAAAACACAGUCGCACACGCCACGUUUGAUUUGUAGUUUCUUUUGCUUUCUGCUGUUAAAGACCCCUCCAGCUCCCCCACCCCCCGGUCCCCAAGCUCACUCCGCCAUGUCGUUCCUGCUGAAGGCGAUGAUCGGAAAUCCGAUGAAGAACAUGGCCGGAGGAGCGGCGGAGGAGGAGGAGAAGAAGAAGGAGGAAGGCGAUGGGAAGGAGACCCCGCAGUCUAAAGGAAUGACCCGUGAGGAGUUUGAGGAGUACCAGAGGCAGCUGGUGGAGGAAAAGAUCGAGAGAGACAAGCAGUUUGCCCAGAAGAAGGCUGAGAGAGCCAGUCUGAGAAUUCUCAUGAGGGACAAACACCGACUGCCACAGAGUGAGAAGGAUGACGCUCAGAUUCAGAUAGUGGGUGGAGACGUGGAUCUGCCCGAAGACCUCGCCAAGAUGGUGGAGCAGGAUGAGGAAGAGGAGGAGGUCAACGACAGCCUGCUGGGAAAGAUCCAGAACAUGGACUUCGAAGUCAUCAAGACCAAAGCACAGACCACACUGACCGAGAUGAAAGAGGCGGCCGAGGAGAAGUGCGCUGUCAUGUGACCAGCAGAGAGACAGACAGACAGACUCACUGGCUGCUCUCCCCAUCUGGACUGUGCAUUCAGCCGCUGAACAAUCACUGCACAGCACCAAUCUGUGUUAUUCCCUCCCCAAGGUGACAGGUUCAACAGUACACUAUGUAAGUCAUGUCCCUAGCUCAGGGGUAGCCAAGGGGUUGGUUCUUCCAGUCCUGGUCUUUGUUCCAACCCUGUUCUAAAUUGUUGAAUUGAGCCAAUUAAAACUCCAUCCAUCCAGACCCUGCAGUAGUUCAUGAUCUCAUUUUACCUGUUAAACCUGGAGUGGAAUGAGCCUCCAGGACCGUGAUUGGACACUGACCCAGCCAAUCAGGCAAUACUUUCCUAUUUUACUGUUUACAAGAACAUCCCUGUGAAACCAUAUCAUGAAAUAUAUAAACCGGUCGCAGGUUUUGUAUUUUAUUUGAUUGAUUUAGCCCGGAAAUACCUGUUGAGACGACAUAUCAUUUCAAAAACAUAUACAGUGUCCAGUGGAGAAUUUCAUGUAGUUUUAGAAGCUUAACCCAUUGUCUUGCAUGCAUCUUAUAAGCAGGGGUGGAAAUGUGAAUUAGGUGGCACAGACACAGACUGUACGUUGUAAUAAAGAGACAAUGCUAGAUUGUUAAUCAUUAGUCUGGUGUUCAGUUAAGAACAUGAUUGGUCAAUGCUUCAACUACAACAGACCAUGUUUUUGUUUAUAAAUAUGUAUUUAAGAUUUGCAUUGAACAUUAGACAGCGCUCACAGAGACAGACCCUGGAGCUUUUAGACAGUUUGUAGUUCAGUGAUUGCUCUUACAGUAUAUACAGGGUGAUUAAAAAGUGACUGGGCAUAGUUGACACCCACUCACCUACGUAAUUGCCCUGAUUCCCGCAGUACAUCAAAUCUACCGCUAGGGGGAACUCUGGUGAUUCUAUAGUGACCUUUUUAUUAAAACAAGGCAAUUUUUCUUAUUUGCUAGAAAGUCACAGAAUAGUUUUUUUUUUUCCGGCUUCAGAAGUCACGUCAAACUAUACCCUUUAAUUAUUGAAGCAUUUUAGCAUUGUAAACCAAGGCUGGAUUUUUUAGAGCACUUUACAGCACUGGGGAAUGGAUUGCAUGAAUCACCCAUCUGCAGUUAUUUUGGGAUUAAAAAUAGGUGGUUGAUGUCAUGCAGUGGCACUCCUUGGUGCUGUAAAAUGCUCUAAAAUAUCCUUCUGUAGGUUGUACCGGCAGGGAAUAGGUUGAUCAAAUCACCUACUUAAUAAAAAAAAACUAAAUGGACAGUUUUAUGUGCCCCAGAAUAAUCACAAUUCUAAAAAAAAAAAAAAAAAAAAUUGAAAAAGAAAAAGGCAAGGGAAGCCCCGAAGGAGAUUAAAAUCGGAACAUCUUAGAAUUAUUAUUCUUAUGAAUUGCUUCUUUGUAUCUUGUGAUUCCUUCCAUGUAAUCCAGCACCAGAGGGAACUGACAGAAGGAAGCGAUCAGACAAGGCUGAGGAUAAUAAAAUAUGUAUUUUGUAAUUCGGAUUGAUGCAACUGUUCCAGGAGAGAAAUUGCAAUGCUCUAUCUUUCUGUGAAAUUAACCCUGUGUGUGCUCUGGUGUCAUCUGCUAUACCUAGAGCUUGUCAAAGCGCACUAAAGCAUAGGACAACUUGCAACAUUGGACAGGUGAAAACUGGUUCACUACAUUGCUGAUAUUAUUAUUAUCAGUAGUAAUUUACCUUGAUUGUGAUUUUAGUAGUUGUUUUUUUUGUCAGUACUGUUUGCCUCAAUUCUAGUGAGAUUUCAUAGAAGAGCAUGAAGUUUGUUUAAAAACUUGUAUGUUUUUCACAGGUUAUAAUAUCACAACAAAGCAGAGUCACUGUCAGCCUACUCUGAACAGGGACAUGUGUUUUCUCACAAAUAAAAUGAU